AUGGACGUUGAAUGCCAAUGCGGAGCCGUCGCCUUCAAGACGCCGACCCCGGAACCUCUCGAUAUCUACUGCUGCCACUGCUCCCAAUGCCGCAAGCAGUCCGCCUCCGCCUUCGGCACGUCCGCCAUCUUCCCCGCCGACGGCCUGGUCCCCCUCUCCGACGACCUCGGGUCGAAGCUCCAGUCGUGGACGCGGCCGACCAAGGGCGGCGGACACAUGGACUGCUAUUUCUGCCGCGUCUGCGGAUGCCGCGUCUUCCACCGCGCGCACGACAAGCGCGGCACUCCGAGCCAGACUGUCAGCGUCAAGGGAGGGCUCAUCGCGGGGCUGCAGAUGGACCGGGGGAAACACAUCUGGACGAGCAGCGCGGUCGUACGGAUCCCCGAGGAGGCUGAGAGGUGGGCCGAGUCGCCGCCUGGCACUCCUACUGACAACGACCAGUGA